GCCGCGCGGCAUACGCGGAGCCAUCUUGCCAGCGGUCGUUGAAUCGCUCGCGUCUCCACACACAAAUCUCCAUUAAUUCGCACUAAUUAAUCCUUAAAUACCAUCAAAAAUCCUCAAUAUACAAAUGUGACGAUAUUCUAAUGAGUGCCGCGGACGCUGUGCCAUCGAACGUUGUUGAUACGUUGUGUGUUGUUUGUUUUAUGUGUGUGUGCAUUCUGACUGUCUAGAUCGGCACGGAUGUCCCGUAGUGUGGUGUAGUGUUGUGUGUGCGUGCGACGGUGCGUGUGUUUGUGUGUGUACAGUGCAGUGUCAUGCAGAAAUGUAACAUGUGCCGUGGACACGGACCUGCUCCACUAGACACGGAACUCUGAAUGAUAGCUACCGUUGGGGGCGUGGUAUGGACAAGGAGGGCGGCGAGGGCGCCGAGGCGGCAGGCAAAGGGCCUCCCGAUGGAUUGCUCGACGCGGCCGGUCUCUUCGGAGCAUACUGGGGUCGAGAUGGCGCCGGCGGGGGUGCGGCGGCGCAAGCCCAGGCGCAGGCGCAGGCUGCGCUCUUCGGCUUCGGCUCGCGCUACCCGCCGCCUACCACGCUGGGCGUCGCUGCCAACCAGGCAGCCUCGUUGGGCCUGCAUCCCGCUGCAAGUGCAGCAUGGUGGUCGAUGGCAUCGCACCUAGCGGCGCAGGACUACCUGGCGCGGCUGCAGGCGUCGGGGCUGAACUUCCCUCCGCUAGCUGAUCCGUACGCGGCGCUCUCCGCGCUCUCCAGCGGCUCGCUGAAACAGAACAAGCCCGUCAAACCGCCCGGGAGGAAUGACAGGUCUGGUCGCGGCAGCUCGUCUUCAAGCGCCUCGAACAAGGAGAAGAGUCCAUCCACGAGCACCGCCUCGCCGAGCAUGAGUGAGUGGGGAUCGUCGUACGGUUUCCCGAAGACGUCGUCUCCUUCGACGAUGCACUCCCAGGGCUCGAUGUCAAGCCUGGCGUCUCUCAACAGCCUGGUGUCCGCGCCGCAUCAGUCUAAAAGCACGCCGAAACAGUCGACACCGCCUUCUUCGCAGAGCAGGAAGUCGUCGAGCGGGUCGUGCGGCAAGGGCAAGGAGCGCGAGCUGGCGCUGCUGCGCGGCGACCUCAUGCUGGCGCAGGCCGCCGCGCACGGCGCCUACCACGCCGCCGUCGCCGCCGCCGCCAAGGGCAAGAAUAUGUCCCCGCUGUACCCGUUUGGCAUGCCAGGCUCCGAGAAGGAUCGGCAUUCGGGCAUCGACUCGCUCACUGGCCUUCCACACACUAUUCUUAGUGCUGCAUUGGAAGGAGGUGAUCCGUCAUCGGUGCUAGGCGGUGUGAGACUACCGCCCGAUACUGAAAUUAUCAAAUACACCUCAUCACUAGCGGGGCCUAAGGCGCCGCCCGGUUCCACAAACAGGGGUCGCAAGAAGACGAUAUCACUGGACCCGCCGCAGGUGUCGGUGCAUCCCUCCUCCGCGGACAGGAGCACGCCGCUGCCCAGCAAGAGGGCAAAAGUGGUGAGGGAUGAGUAUGGCAACUCUCGUUCGUCAGUGGAGGUGAUCCGACUUCCCAACAAGCCGGACAGGUCCGGGCAUAACUCCGUGUCGGGCACGCCGCCUCCCAACCUGUCCGACUAUGCCGGCAUAUCGCGGGAGCUGUUACAAACAAUAGCUAGUCAGAGCGGGGUGAGUCUCGCCGCGCUGGAGAGACAGCUCGCAGGAUCCACUGCCUCUGCAGAGGAAAACCGGCUCAGUGCGGGUAGUACUCGCGAGCCGAGCCAUUCCUACUCGCGUUCAUAUCGCUCGAGGCAUAAAUACUCCGGCAUGAACCUGAGCGGCAAGUCGCUGGCGAGCGGCGAGGAGAGUCCGCUGGACCUCGGACUGAAGGCAGCCGUCGACGACGACGCGCCGCUCAACCUCUCGCUCAAACCCACACCGCCGAGUAAUCAAGCAUCGGACGCGUUGUCGCGGCUGACGUCUCUCAGCAGUUCACUCAGCGCGUCCUCCCAAAACGAAAGGAUAUCUCGUCGCAAACCAGGUGCAAAGCCGCGUCGCGUGGUGCCCGAGCUCAACUCACACGUCGCGGACUCGCCGAGACCCAAGUCCAGCGGCAGCGAGGAUAGCGAAUCAAUAGCGGGGUGGCCGGCGCGUGAGUCGCGCCCGCGCAACCUCGGCCGCGGCGUCAGCAAGCCCAAGAAGAACACCGUCGCCUCACUGCUCGCGCAGUCCCGCGCCCUGGGGCUCCGGCCCUCGCUGCCGCACCACCUGCUGCCUGAUACAGACCUCGAGAAGCUGAAGGCGCUGCUGGGCGAGGCGGCGAGCACGGACUCGGAGUGUCCGUCGGACAGCUGCCCGUCCGACUCCGACGCCAGCGACACGGGGCGCCGCUCGCACGACUCGCAGCUGCGCCUGCCGCUCGCGCUCGGUUGGAAACGGGUGACAGUGAUCAAAGGUCUGUCGCGUAACUGCAGCAUCAAGGGCGACGUGACGUACGCGCCGCCCGAGCCGCAUGCUAACAUCAAGGUCAAGUCCAUGCAGGAGUUGCAGGCGUUCCUGGAUGCGAACCCGUGCCCGCCGCUGUGUCCUGACAACUUCAGUUUCAGCGCUCGUACUAUACUAGGCGAGUAUGUACAGCCGUGCGCGGAAGUCGCCGACCCGCUCGUCUUUAACGAAACCGAGAUCACUAAAAGGCUGGAGGAGGCGCGCGCGCUGGUGAGCGCGUGCGGCAGCCGGCCCGCGCCGCCGCCCGUGGACCGCCGCAUCGAGCUCGCGCGCCUGCAGCAGGCCGCGCGCGACGCGCGCCGCGACCACCACCACCGCUCGCGCGACCAGGCCCGUCUAGUCAGAGAGCUAGAGAAAUCCGAGAAAGCAGAAAUGGUUAAAAGGGAAAAGGAGGCCAGGAGUCAGCAACUAUUAGAGCAUAUCAACAAGAACAGAACGCAACUGACCAUAGAGCCACUGCCUUCCGUACCGAAAAGUGAGGAAUGGAAAAUACCAGAGAUUGUGAUGGGGCCGGCGACGAAAACGCACAGGGACAGGACCAUGCCUCCUAUCAGCCUCUCGCUCAUACCCGUCAGCGGGCCCAAGGACCAGUCGCCCAUACGGAACCUCCUCGAUCAGCCGUGGAAAGGCGACGUCGAGGAGUACAACGCGUUAGAUAAAAUGAAAGACUUCGCUGAGAAAGCGGCCUUCGACCUACCAAAACGCAAAGAGAAGUACGACUUUACGUUAAUGAAGGCGGCUGAAAAGAAAAAGGCGCCUGACAAAGAGAAUAACUUAGAGAAACUAAUCGAAUCGUACUCGAGAAUUACAGAGUUCAUUAACGGCUGUGAUUGGUCCAAACUGCCCGCUGACAAAAAGACUGAGGACCCUAAAGCGUUGGAGCAGAAGUAUUUAAACGCCAAGAAUGAAUUUAUGUCUCAAAAUUUGAGUCUAAUGCCUAAAGACAAUCCUAAGUCAGUGCUCAAGGAAGUCAUCGACUUGAGCGAGGAUGACGAAAACAUUUUAACCGACAUAAUGUCGAAAAAGAUAAACAAAGGAACGUUUAGUGUUGGAAAAGACGGCGCUCUGUCGAUAUCGGUACAUCCUUACGGCAAGGAGUACGGAUUGGCUAAAAAGAGAAAGCAAGAGGAAAUGGAGAAACAGAAGAUGGAAGACCAGGCUAAGAGACAACAGGAACGUGAAAUAAAACGGCAGCAAGCGCUCCUUCUCAAAGAGCAGCAAAAAUAUAUAACCGAGGAACGUGAAAGGAGACGGCAACAUACCACAUUCAUCAGGCAACUAGACUCGAGGAGGAGAUGGGAAGAGAGGGAGAGAAAAAAGCACCAGAAUUUGCUUGAUCGGCUCCUGGUAAAAGAGAAGAAGCUGCAGCAGCGGCGGAAAGAGAUGGAACUGUUGUCCGAGUUGAGGCGGCCGCAGGAAGAUUCAACACUAUCAGACCAGAAACCACUGCCAACACUAAACAGGAUUCCUGGACUGAAACUGCCCGGACAGGCGAUGGCGGACAUACUGCAAGUGUACGAAUUUAUACACAAUUUCGGACAAACGCUAGGAUUCGACAUGGACGCGUUACCGACGUUGAACACGUUCCAACUGGCACUCCUGCCCGACUGCAGCACGGACGCCGAAGAGGAACUCAUGCAGGUGCUCACACAACUGCUCAUCACGGCUAUCGAGGACCCCGGUAUCCCCCACCCGGGGCGGCACACGACGCUGCUCGGACAUGCCAUCCGCAUGGGAGACAUCACGCCACACAACCUGAGCGAAGUUCUGCGCAUAUACCUCUACGCAAACGCUACUGGCGAAGUGAAGGCGCUUACCGGUUUGACAGCAGAGCGUGAGAGGGAACGUCGAGUGGCCGAUCAUCACCAGAACGACGCGGAGAUGCUACAGACGGCGGCAAGUACGAAGAACGCCGCGUACUACGAGCAUCUGCACAGCAAUAAGACUUACAAACUAGCAGAGGCGCUGCGUGACAAGCCGUUCCUGGCGCUGAAUGCGACGACGAAGGCGCGCAUCUUGGCGUUCCUGUGCGACGAGUUGCUGCAGAACAAGGCCGUGCUGCGGCAGGUGGACGGCGCGCUCGACCAUCUCAACCAACUGCGCAAGGAGCGGUAUCUUAUGGACAUGAAGAUUAGAAAGGUGCGCGUGCUGCACCAGCGCAAGCUGCGCUCGGAGCAGGCGGAGAAGCAGCAGGCGCUGGCGCUGGAGCGCAUGCAGCGCCUCGUGGACGAGAGCGCCGCCUCGCUGCACGCCGCCGACCCGCCGCCGCCGCCCGCCAGCGACCAAGAAAAUCCACCAAGUUCAGAUAAAGAGGAAUCACCCAAAAAAUCUGAAAAGGAAGAGUCUCCACAUCCAGAAGAGAAACAAGCUCCUGAUUUGUCAUCACCAUACAAAGAUAAUGCGCCUGACGAAAGUGAUAAGGAAUUAUCUCCCUUAAAGGAUCUGUCUAACAGUAUUAAAGGCAAGGAGAUGAUGAACAAUAAUAAGGACGAAUGUUCUCCGGCGGAUAAUUCCAAGAUUGACAAAGACAGUGUCAUGGGAGAUGAUGUACUGAGUGAUUUGGAAAGUGAAGGCACACAGCCUGAGGAGGAUGAAGACAAAAACUUAUCAGCAGAGGAAUUAUCGAGAAAGCUAGAGAAACUAUUACGACAAUCAGAGCAACAGCAACAACAAUUACAAGCCGGGUCUCACGCUCUGAGGGCAACAUGCUAUGGACAAGAUAGGUACUGGCGUCGUUACUGGUCUCUCGGGAAGUGCGGCGGUAUCUUCGUAGAGAGCAUGGAAUCUGCGCAGCCAGAGAUCAUGCAGUACCAACAGACACUCGAGGCCAACGCGCUGCAGGACAAGCAGGACACCUGCAAGAGGAAAAAGAAGACUGUAAAAGAAAAGAAAGAGCCAGUACCGGCACCAGAACCGGAUAAAACAGAGGAGGCGGAGGCGCAGCAGCAAGAGGAAGCUCUAAAGACACAACUAGAACUCAUGAGCAUCAAGUCGGAGCUGAACUUGAGCGAUCACACGCAGAUUAUCAAGUACGAGCCCAACGUCAAACACGGCGCUUGUAAAGUCGAAGGAUCUUCAAUAAAAAUGGAAGAAAAAUACAUCCAACAAAAACAAAACAACGAAGAGCAAGACAUGCUCGAUAUCGAAGACUCCAUCCCUACCGCGUUCUUGGUGCAGAAGCCUACGCAUAAGCCAAUGUACACGCAGCCCACGGAACCAGCUGACAAGCCUCAAGACAUAAAGGUUGAGACCAAAACAGAAAUCGUUGAAAAAGAAGAGCCUGAGGAAAGCAAGGACCAACUUGUAAAUAAUCUCGAAGAACUACGAAAAAUGGCGGAAGCUGUAUCCUCACAACUCGACGCGGCCAAAAAAGCUGAGGAAAAGCAAGACAAAGAGUGCAAAGAAGUCGAGGAGUUCAUGGAACCGGAUGCAGCACACGGUUAUUUGUACACAAAGAUGCUUGAAGGAAAAUGGUUUUCGAUAUUACGCCAUGAGACUUCGUUUUUAUCAAGCAUCAAUGAACAGGACAAGGCAGAUGUGCCUAUGUAUUGUGACAAUGAACACACUUGCGCGGAAGUCGUUCUUUCCCAAGGGCACAAGUGGGAUGUAUCAAAUAAUUUGCAUUUGCUAAACGAUCCGAGCCUAUUUACCUUGAAUAGUAUGGUGACGAGUGUCCAAGUGCCAACAAACAGUGUGUACGCAGAUAGUAGCUUGACCAUGUCAGGAUUAGAUCAGGACAUGAUGAACGCUAGCUUGAAUAAGGACGCAGUGCCCGAAGCUGAACCUGAGGAGGAAAAUAAAGAACAGCAGGAAAAUGAUCUCGAAAAAGAAUUACAAGCCGACGCGAUCAAGAACGAUCUAGCCAUUCAGAAGGCGAAAGCCAACAGUCUCACGAGCCUUGGGCUGUUGAACUUCAACGCCUUAUCGACGUAUGUGACGUGUGACAGCCCGCCGCCUAUACACAUGUCGCCCGAAGAGUUAGAGCAACUCGAGUACUGCAAGCUGCACGGACUGCCCAAGAAGGUUGAGGGGACCUUCGUGCCUAAAGAAUUAAGAUACGGUUGGUGGCGAAUCACAGAUCCAGAACAGUUGAAGGACUUGAUGGAGGCCUUACAUCCAAGGGGUGUCAGAGAAAGGGAACUGCACACCGCCUUCGCCAACCACCUGCCCACAGUUAACAAUAAAAUAUACAUAGAGAAGGGAGAUAUCCACAGCACGGAGCUGUCAGUGUCUCACGUGGACCGCGUAAUCGCAAUGAACGGCGGGUACCCGAGCCCCGACGCACCUGGCUCUUUCUCUGUCUCCACCGCCAGGAGGGUCGACAUGCAGAUAUUGUCUAUGGUGGAACAAUUGGAGGAGCGCGUGGCGGCGGCGUCGAUGCAGGUGAAGGGCUGGCGGCCGUCGCGCGUGGCGCUGCCCGAGGCGGGCGGCGCGGGCGGCGCGGGCGCGGAGAUCGUGGCGCGCGCGCGACACAAGCUGGCGGCCGUGGAGGCGCACAUCGAGCGCCGAUACCUCAAACCGCCUUUGGUACAAAGGUAUGCUAGCACUACAGAAGCGAAUAUAGGCGCAGUGUUGCAGGGAGAGCACGGGAACGCGUCCGCACCCUCUCCGCAGAACUCGGACAAUGCCAGCGAAGGGAAAGCGGACAAUAAAGGUAUAGCCCGUGGGUUGGCGACGUGGCGCGAGGCCGUGGGGCGCUGCACCACGUCGGCGCAACUCGCCAUGUUGCUGCAGGCACUCGAGGCCGGCGUGGCGUGGGACAAGAGCAUCAUGAAGGCUAACUGUCAGUUCUGCUUGAGCGGCGAUAACGAGGACCAGUUGCUGCUAUGCGAUGGGUGCGACAAAGGCUACCACACAUAUUGCUUCAAGCCGCGGAUGGAGAAAAUACCUGAGGGAGACUGGUACUGCUGGGAGUGCGUGAACAAGGCGCGCGGACAGCGCGUGUGCAUCGUGUGCGGCGGCGCCAGCGCGGGCCGCGCCAUCCCCUGCGCGCUCUGCGCCCGCGCGUACCACCAGGACUGCCACUACCCGCCGCUCGCCAAGAACCCACGAGGAAAAUGGUACUGCAAUCAAUGCAUAUCGCGGGCACCGCCCAAGAAACCGCGGAAUAUGAAAAAACGCGAAAGCAAGCACAAAGAAAAAGACAAGGACACUAGCGUAGAAAUAGAUCAAAAUAUGGUGCCUAGUCCCGCGCCAUCGCACGCGUCGACGUCAACAACGGCAGAGGAAUGCGCAGCGAGUGUACUACACACGCCUGAGAAGGCAGAAUGUCCCGACAAACUCGACGAGUCUAUCACCGAGCCAGAGAACGGGUUGAAUCACCACGCGCCAGAGGAGGUGCGGCCGGCGGCAUGCGAGGUGGCGGAGGGCCCCCCACCCGAGAAGCGCCGCGCGCUACACUUCUUGCCCGGCAACGGCGCGCUGCAGCACGACGACGAUGCCAGGAUCGACGAAGAUCGCGACACGGAGAAUAUGCCAGUUGUAGCACGAGGUAAAAAGGAAAAAAACAACGCUAAGAAGCAAGUCAAGGAUAUGCAGUUUUGCAAGAACCUGUUGUGCGAGAUGGAGUGUCACGAGCAUGCGUGGCCGUUUCUUCUACCCGUAAACACCAAGCAGUUCCCGCAGUACAAGAAGGUCAUCAAGUGCCCCAUGGACUUAUCCACGAUUAAACGCAAGCUGCAGGACAACUUAUACAAAUGUAAGGAGGAGUUCGCGUCAGACGUGCGGCUGAUAUUCAGCAACUGCGAGGUGUUCAACGAGGACUACAGCCCAGUGGGUCGCGCGGGACACAACAUGCGACAAUUCUUUGAAGAACGCUGGGCGCAGAGCUAAACCCACUCGUGCGCAGUCUUCUUGCACUCAUUAUAUGGCGUAUAUAAUGUCGCCGCUGUUGAUUUGUCGAAGCUGGUCUUGGCGAUCUGUUGCACAACUUAAUUAAUUGAUUUAUCCACCAAGUUGGGAAAUGAUGUUCGUGGUGGUGCACUGGAUGAAGAGAAUUAAUAUUCAUUCUACUGAUUUGAAGUUUAUCUAAUAAUAUUCGAUGUAUCUCGAAUGUUAUGGACCUGUUAAUUGAUUGGACUCUGCAUCGAAGUGCAGUUUGGAUGGUUAAUGUGACUUGCGAUUUUAUAAAUGCCGCUACAAAUAAAUGUAUUGAAGAGUCAUGAAUCAACAUAGGUAAAGAGUAACAUUGACUUGAUGUAUCGUACAUCGAUGGUCAAUAUAAUCUCAUUGCAACAUAUAUAUCGAAUAGUUGUUUUUUAUUCAUGAUGUACUACAUAGUAAUUUGUAUUAUAUGUUUUAGAAAUGUUUUGAUGGUGACCCAAAUAUCGACACAGUAAAGAAAUACUACUUAUCUUUAAUCACAUACUUCGUUAACUAUUGCCACUGAUAUCAUAAACAAUUUCAUUCCAUUAACGUGUGAAAAUUCCAAAUAUUACAAUGUGAUACAUAUUUGACGUGAAGAAGAAAUCAAAAAUACUUGUAAAACAUUCCAUGAGAAGAUUGGAUUUAUCAGUGAACAAGUGUCCCGCGAGUGUGCGUUCUAUCAGAUUAUUUUCGAUUAAAGGUACAAUUAUUGAAUGCUAAUCUUGGCCUUUAAUUGUAUGUCCAAAACGCUUAGUUAAUUGACAAUGGAUUGUAAACAAUAAAUGUAUCGAUAUUAAGAAAUUGUGUAUUGACGAAUGUUGGGAAUUUAUAUUCGUCAGCCGCUAAUAAUCCGGCCAAAAGUCGAUCAUUCUGUAAUUAAAUUCGCGGUGAGCUUUAUCGGACGCGACAAAAACUGUAUAAUGCGAAUCUCAUGUAAAUUAUAUUUUGUGGGAAUGUGAUGUCUAUUGUAAUUAAAUGUAAUGAACAACGCGCACAUAGUUUAUGUUUGUACAGCCAGCAACACAGGUUCACCUCUUGACUAAUCUCGAUAUAGACUCUCUGUGGGCUGUGUUACUGUCUGUACGCAUUGUGUAGCUGACUGUAAAUAGUAGUAAUGUUAAGUCUAAAAAGUAUUAGACCGAAAUCUAUUUUAAGCAUAGAGAGGAAAAUAGAAUUAUCGAAUAUCACUUUCGAAUAUAUUAUUUUUAUAAUAAUUUGCUCGUAGCAACGAAACAGUAUUUUGUAAAUCCACGCGAAUUUCCGGUGUCCGCAUUUUUUCUUUUUAAAUUUAAUACUCUGUGAUUAUCGAUGGUCGAUAGUCGAUAGCUGACUUCCGAUAUCGACAAGCGCGUCGCGGUCUUCGUUCUUUGGCCAGUUAUUUCUAGUAGAUUGAAUAUGUGUAUACUUGAGUGUGUAAAAAAAUAGUUGUCUAUUUCAAAUUUUGUGCAUUAGGCGAGAUAAAAUUAGUAAUAGAAAGUGAUGUAAGCGUAGUUUAGGGCCUAAACAGUUAGCGGGAAUAACGCUGCGUGUGACGAGGGCCUUAAUUUCUGAAAGAAAUCUUCGGCACGGUAACGGUUCUCUAUUGACUGUUUUGUCUGUUUCACUUCUAAACAAUACGUUGGGGUGACGAAUGGACACUAAAAAAUAAAUCUCAGUGAAAAAAUGUAACAAAUGACAGGUAUAUUUUAUUUUAUACUCACGUUAUCAAAAAAUAGGCAAAUUGGAGCUAAUUUAUUGAUUCACAGAAUAUAUUAUUUAUUUUGAUUAGCAUGGAGGACAGUGUACGAUUUGUCGCCCUAACAAGGUUAAAUGUAAAAUAUUAAUUAAAGUGAGACAUGUAUGAUGUGAGUGAGUCGAUAAUGUUAUCCAUUUGAAACUGUUACAAGGCAGAGGUAUCGACUUUUAUUUAAAUUUUAUAUUUAGUUUGUAGUGACAUUUCUUAAAAUUAAAUAAACCAAAAGUAGAAAAAUGUUCUUUUAUCCCAGUGAUUUAUUUCUUCUAUAUAAAAGCAACGGUUGGUUAUACAAUUAUAUUAGAACUCAAUAGUCUAGUUAAUAAAGAUCAGUGAAAAAAUACUUUGACAAUAAUUGCAUGUAUCAAUACUUGGUUAUGUUCUACAAUAAUUAUUUUUAUUGACUUUUACACAUUACAAUAGGUAUAUAAAUUUUAUACAAACAAGCGAAUAAAUAAUAGUCGAUAGCUCUGUUUUGAUUUUGAUCUAUUAAUUUACUUUAAACUUCAAUGAACAGUCCCUGCAAUUGCUUUUCGCAAAUCUCAUUUGUACACCCACUUAUUUGAAUAAUAAAAAUGCGUAUGAUACUUAAAUCUACACAAAAAUCUGUCCAAUUGCAGCGAUAGAUUUGUCUAAUUCCAAUUUCUCAGGUGGAAAGGUGUUACAGCGUGAAUCGAACGUGUCAGUCAUACUUAGUUUAGCUCCUAUUAUUUAUUUAUGUGCUUAUUUAUUCCGGUUGUUUGUGAGUCGACGACUCUAGUGCUUGGCGAUUACGAAUUACCAGUACUUAUAAUGUUUUAAAGAUUUUUUUAGCGUUUUCAAUACAGUUUUGUGUCGGCAAAAAUAUUUCGUGUUUUCAUUUUUAUUGCAACUUUACUUAUAAUUAUGUUUCCUUUGUGAUCUUGCUUCUUUGAAGUUUUGACAGUUUUCAUAAUCAAUUCAUUUUAUCUGUGGCAGUGAAUGCAAUACAGUAUGUUUUAAAAUAGAAAUAAUAUGACAUUGGCUUAUUGAGCUAUAAAUAAAUCGAUGUUAGCAUAUUUGUAGGUAUUAUUAGCAUGACAAUAAAUAAUAAAUUUAUUUUUUUAAUCUCGAUAUAUUCAAUUACUUAACAGUGCUUCCUUUAAAAAUUGUUGCUGAUACAAAACAGUUGAAAACAAAAUAUAUUAUGUUUAAUGCUGAGUAUUUAAGUGAAAGUAUUAAUUUAGCGAAUACUUAAUCCAAGCUUUUUAAUGUUUACACGCUGCGAUCGUCACGGGAAAUUAUUUUUAAUAGAUAACUUAUUCGUGUCUAGGUUUUUUAAAUCUUUGUAUACUUAUUGCCGUUUACAUUUGAGUUUCGACUCUACUGCCAGUAUACAAGGUCGAUUAUCGCGUGUAGUUGUGCCUGACCAAAACUUCUAAGACAUGACAUCUAGAAGGGUGAUUGUAGUUUUGGUCAGGCUUAUUUGGCGUGUUGGAGUGGCGUAAGAUUCGUCCGAGAGGCGUGAGAUGUGAUGGUCAUGUUGUGUGCAUCGGUUGAUUUUAAUUAUAAAAUGGAUAUAUAAAUUAUAUAUACGAAUAAAUAAAUAAUUUUUGAUGCAGG